GUGCAGCAGGCAUCUGAGGACAGACCAGCCUAGCUCACUGCAAAAUGGCGAACCGCGACAAGGAGGAGAUUGUAGAUGAGAUUUACGACAAGGUCGUGGAUCUCACAGAAUAUGCCAAACGUCAGCGAUGGUGGAACCGCCUUUUCGGAAAGAACUCUGGCCCCUUAGCGGAGAAAUACUCCGUAGCAACACAGCUAGCCAUAGGGGGAGUGAGUGGAUGGUGUGCAGGAUAUCUCUUCCAGAAGGUUGGAAAAGUUGCUGCUACAUCUGUAGGUGGAGGUCUUCUGCUGUUGCAGAUUGCUAACAACAGUGGCUACAUCCAAGUGGACUGGAAGAGAGUAGAGAAGGAUGUCAACAAAGCUAAGAAGCAAUUAAAGAAGGGCACCAAUCAGGCAGGCCCAGAGAUAAACACAUUUUUUGAAAAGUCUCAAGUGUUUGUGAAGAAAAACAUCGUUGUCACAAGUGGUUUCAUCGGAGGAUUCCUGCUUGGCCUGGCGUCUUAGGGUCUGCCAAAUAUUUAAAAAAAAACCCAGUUAUUCCUUUUGAUGUUGUGAGAAAAAAGCUAUAGGGAAAACAUAAAUCAUUGCUGGAGGGCUUUCAAGCGUUUUGACAGCAAGCAACGUACUUCAGGCUAGCUUAUAGCUAUGUGCUUCUACGGUAGAAAUGGAAACGAGAGUAGAACGGACAUUCCCGUUCAAACAUAGCAGGAUGGUCCGGGCGUCGGCCGUUAUGUGUACAGUUGCGGAAAGUUACGGACUCACUAAGGUGAGGUUUUGCGACAGUCGAGCAGUGGUGGGUUAGAAAGCAUGGAGACUUUUGUCUAGUGUCCUUAAGAACAAUUGCCAUUUUUCUCAUGAACUAGUCAAAUGACACAAACGGCUCAAUGUCCAUUCUACUCUUAUUCUAUUUCUAUUGUUUCUACAUCCGCUCCACAUCGUUUUGUCUACUUUAUUCUGUAUAUGUUACAAGCACUGUUGAUUACAAUGUGGGACUUCUUGGAUAGACCAGAAAGACACUCUUAAAAUACUCCAGGCCAAACAUGCAAAAAAUAUGUUUGGCCAUCAGUAAAGUUUUUAUUUAUUUUUUACCAAACUGUCAUUGUACCACAAUCAAUGAAUGCGUCGUUAAUCGCUGCCUUGUCGCGCACAAUUAAGCCAAGCAUUUUAAAUUUGCCUCAAACGGUAGGCGGUGCCUACCAGCAGUGGAAUGUAACUAAGUACAUUUACUCCAGUACUCAAGUACAAAUGUUGAGGUACUUGUACUGUACUUGAGUCUUUUCUUUUCACGCCACUUUCUAUUUCUACUCCGCUACAUUUCAGAGAGAAAUAUUGUACUUUUUACUCCAAUACAUUCAUCUGACAGCUUUGUUACUUUUUCGAAUUAAGAUGUUUGCACACAAAACACAUGUUAUUUAUAACAUCUGAUGCUUUAUUAUAAAUGAAACUAGCCAACAACAUAACGGCCUACAAGUCCAGCAGAGAUAAUUAGACCAUUAAACACACAACUAUAUGGAUCCUUUACACUUUCUAAAAUAUGAAUACUUCAUUUAACAUUUUCAAUGCUGGACUUUUACUUGUAACAGAGUACUUUUACAGUGUGGUAGUACUGAAGUAAUGGAUCUGAAUACUUCUUCCACCGCUGGUGCCCACGCUGUUCCAUCAGUGCCACUGAUAUAUUCUUUCAUAUCACGUCAGUCAUCUUCAGGGUUAAAGUGCUGAUGGAUAUGAGAUUGGUAUGCCCCCCCCCAUCUCUAUUUUUUUAAAUCUAUUGUGUGUAGCAAUAAAUCAAUGCAAUGAAAGCUGUGGUCUGUCUACAGUGUGAGUUGGAUCAACAAAUAAAAGUAACAAAAUCA